AUGCCAGGCGGCGAGGGGUCCGACACCCCCUUUAAUUUACACCCUUGUGUUAAUGCUAAUGCUAAUGUUAAUGUUAAUCAAAAUGACAACGCUACCGAUCACAAUGAAGGACGUUUACAUACGGACAGUGACUCUGUCAGGAAUGACAGCUUGUGCGCGGACGAUAAUUAUGGUGAUAACUCGAUGACAAUUGGUGAUGGGGUAAGGAGAAGAAAGGUCAUACGGGCUGCUAAAGAAACGCUUGAUAAGGUAAUUUUAUUUCCAAAUGGCGCUAAUGAUGAAAUCCUAAUGUGGUUGUUAGGAAGAUUACGUGCUGGAACACCUGGACUAGUAGUCCAUGUUCGUCAUCAUACAUCAUCAGAUAGUUACGGAUUUUAUUUAACAGCACCCUUUCCUGUAUUAUUAAAAGCUGCUGAAGAAGUUCAUUUGCCGAAAGCUCUAAGACAAGAGUACGGCGGAGGUCUAAAGGAAUUCGUACACACCGAAAUAAAUUGUUUCGAAGGUAGCGAUGAUCAAUCGCUAUUUUUUACCACGCAAGAGAGACAAUCUCUAGUGUUACAUCUUCUCCACACGUUACGAGCGACCCAUCAAGAUCUAUCAAGUCUUCCGGGCGUUAAAUUAGUCGAAGGUCAAGCUAUUAUCCCUAAAUGUAUUUCUUCAGGUAUUAUUUCUCAGGUCUUUCCAUUACACGAGCUUCCGGCUCUAGAAAAAUUACAAAAGAGCUGGGUAAGAGCGUUUUUAAGUCCACAGCCGCUAGAUGAAAUUUGUAAUUAUUUUGGCGUUAAAAUAACCAUGUACUUUGCCUGGUUGGGCCACUACACUACUGCACUUGUGGUUCCUGCUGCAGUGGGUGUCAUAUACUGGGUCGGCAUCAUUGGCAGGAAUCAAGCGGUAGAGGACGUAGCUUAUGUUCUUUUCUCAAUUUUCAACGUUAUUUGGGCGACUGCGUACUUAGAAACCUGGAAGCGCAAAGGAGCAGAGCUCGCGUACAAAUGGGGUACAUUAGAUCAACGAGAUGAUUUACUUGUAGAACCGAGGCCAUUGUUCGUCGGAACCUUACAAGUGUCACCUGUAACUGGAAGACUAGAACCUACGUACCCUAAUUGGAAAAGAAACGCUAUUCGAUACUGUAUCACCGUUCCUGUUAUCGCGGUUUCAUUAUUUUUCGUUUUCAUUGUCAUGAUAUUGAGUUUCCAAAUCCAGGAUUGGUGGGACGCAAAACUAGAAGCUGCUGGAUACGGUUUUUGGCUGAGUUACGUACCAAAAGUACUUUUGGCAGUAGUUAUAGCGCUGAUGGACGAAGCGUACUUCAAAAUAGCCGUCUUGCUAAACGAUUUGGAAAACUAUCGACUUGACACCGAGUACGAGAAUCAUCUGAUCUACAAAGUGGCGCUGUUCGUCAAUUCAUUUCUUUCGUUGUUUUACAUCGCGUUUUAUCUGCAAGAUCAAGAAAGAUUAAAAGAGCAAUUGGCAGCACUCCUGAUAGCACGACAAGUGAUAAGUAACUUAAAGGAAUCAGCAGUACCUUAUCUAAUAGAACAAUUACGAUUAGCGAGACUAAGUUUCGAGAUGUUCGGGGCUUUGAGUCCCAGCGAAGCGCGAUCUCCACCUGAGGAUGCGGCUAAAGACACCGAAGAUGCAGCAGAUACAGAUAAAGUCAAAGACAAAGACAAGGAAGACAAAGAUAAGAAAGAAGACAAGGCUAAACAGCAAACGCGGAGCAUCAGCCAGGCUGAAUUGGAGAGUUCACUGUACCGAGUAGGACACUCAUCUAAUUCUCUACUUAGUGACUUUACUCUUAAGUAUGACGGGGCGUUUUCCGAACACUUGGAGAUGCUUUCGCAAUUGGGUUACGUUUGUUUAUUCUCAUCGGCGUUCCCUUUGGCGGCGAUGGCCGCGUUGUUGGGAAAUUUAUUGGAAUUACGCGGCGACGCUUUUAAACUUUGUUUCGUGUUGCAACGCCCGUUUGGUCGACGCGUGUCUAGUAUCGGCACUUGGCAAAACGCGAUGGAAGCAAUGGGCUUAGUAGCAAUUUUGGUGAAUUGUGCCCUAAUUGGUCUGAGUGGUCAGGUGCAGCGAAUGUUUCCCGAGAUGUCAGCUACGCAAACAAUUCUCCUGAUUGUCGCCCUCGAGCACAUUAUGUUAGCAAUUAGAUUUAUAAUAACAUGCGCAAUACCGGACAUUCCAAGCUGGGUGGCCACGGAAAUGGCUAAGGUUGAGUUUCUGCGUCGUGAAGCUGUCCGAAGGCUGUCCUCAACACCCUCACCAGAUCAGCAAAUGCAAACGGUUAUAGGGAGGUUCGUGGUGAGUCCAGCAGACGGUGAGAACGACGCCGAAGCGACCCUCAUGAGCCAAGCCGGGUCCAUGAGCCACUCAGAGAAAAACGGCCCCAGUCACGAGGGAACUCCUUCCGGGGACACAGGGACUUCUUCGGCGAUUCACACCCCGAGUAGUCCACCCACGCCAGGAGUUUCUGCGAUGCCAAAAAUCGCGGCGACACCUCCGGCUCUGGAGACAUCCGGAAGUGUUGGGAGUGUCAGCGAUUCUGGGAGCCUUUUUUCAGCGAGUUACAACGCCAACACCACGCGCGAGUCUCAUAAUACUCCUAGAUGUUCUAUUCCAGGUGGCGAACGUGGACGUCGUUCUCGAGACUGGUUAACAAGCGAUCGGGGGUCAUCUUCACCCGGGACAGAUCAGUACAGUCAUCACCUGACAAUUGGUCCCCAUGGUGGAAUCGACUGGGUAAGAAAACUCGGACUUGACGGGACUGGGGUUCGUAAAUCCAGUGAUUCUGAGAUCAGCGGAAUUCCGGAAAGUAAUGUCGAGGAUUUAACCCUCCAUCGAUCCACGGAUUGUAUCGUCUCCAAGGAAUUAGCCUCGUCAUCAGAUAGUGACCUCCUGAGAUCAGCGCCGCCGUGGAUGCAAACCCAUCGUAACCAGAAAUUCCGGUUCUCUCCAGAGAAAGAAAAAGCCCGUGAACGUGAUCGACAUCACUCGGGGUCACAAGUGCAAUCAACACAUCAUUUACAGCUACGUGAGACGGAUUUCAGUGAUCGUAGGUCUUCAGGUCACGAAUCUAGCAGCGGGAUUUCCAGUAGCGGGGGCGGAAAUGAACGAGCUCACGGCGGAAUCGGGGGCUUUGGGCUGUCUGAUUCAAGCCGUACGAUUGCUAGCCAAGACGAGGAAAAAGCCGCGUCGAAAGAAGAACGUGAGGCUAAGAAGACACGUGUCAAACAAAGUUUGAUGAAACGCGCACGUUCGGUUGCUAUUUUUUCCUUAAAACUGAAAGAGCGACGCGCUAAAGAGGCCGAAGUUAAAGCCAAAGAGGCCGAAAGGGAAGCUAGGUGGCAGCAACCCCAGUCUUGUGUCGGGGGCGAGUUGUCUUGUAUACCUAUUGAGAAACUCAUAUCCGUUGAUGACAUUGCCGCGAUGGAGGGUCGUAGAUUAAAUCACUAG